AUGCCAUCAAAUCCCACUUCUUCAAAGAGAACCAUCGCCAUAUUCGGCGCAACCGGCGGCACGGGCAGCGAAACUCUCAAGUCUUUGCUUGCAAACCCCUCGAACCCCUUUCACAUCAAGGUUUACGUCAGGUCAAAGGCCAAGCUCCUUUCACUGUUUCCCUCUUUCAAGACAGAGGACAGGGUGGAAAUCAUCGAAGGCCAGGUCACCGACGUCUCCCGCGUGAAGGAGUUUCUGGACGGCGCAGACACGAUCGUCUGCGCGCUCGGCGAAAACGACAACAGGCCCGGGGUUCGCGUAUUGACAGACGCGUCUCGCACCAUUGCGACUGCUCUGGAACAGCUUAAGAAUGAGGCGGAGGCGUCGGCAUGGACCAAGCCCCGGUUGCUACUGCUGUCGUCGUCGACGUGGAACAAGAAUGGAAGUAAGCAGCAGCCGGCCCUGGUGCUGUUCCUCGUGAAGAGAGCAUUCUACUACCCGUACGCGGACCUGCUUAAUGCGCACGAGACGUUCCAGAAAGGGGAGAGAGAGGGCCUCUUAUCACUGGUGUUGGUGCAGCCACCGGCUAUCAUCGACGAGGAGGGCAGCGGGCACUACAUCGGCGUCGAGUCGCCCAUGAUGACAGUGUCGUACCCGGAUCUGGGUGCGGGCUUUGCGGAGUUGGCAAUAGAUGAGCGGUAUAAGGACCUGAAAGAAGUAAUGGUAUGGUCUGAAAGGGCGAAAGAGGGUUUCCCGCGGUACGGGCCGGAAGUCUUGCAACGACUAGUCAGGGGCUUACUGGCAAGCUAUGUGCCCGGGUUCUGGAGGAUUAAUGGCAUGAUCAACAGACUUUUGGGCUGA